CUGCAGCCUGGAUUAUUUUUGUUGUAUUAACAUCAAGCACAAACCAUGAGAUGGCAUUCAAAGGCAAAGCGGUCGACUCGAAGACCGUGCUCUUCAAUCUGCUGCUGUGUUUGCUCAUAUUUUACUCUCUUUUCUACAUGAUUGGGAGUGUGUGCUUCGGUGCCUUCAGGUUGGAUCACUUUGACGGACUGAUUCCAUUUGACUUUAAGACUGAACCUGCUGAAUCCAACUCCAAAUACUUGGUGAACCUCCUGUCCUUGGAGCUCACCUACUUUUGCAGCGGCCUUUUGUUUGCUGCAGUGGUGAGGAGGCGGGUGUGGGACUACGCCCUCACUGUCACACUUCUGCAUGUAAUGAUCACCAGCCUUGUGAUGUUGGAGUUUCCCAUGGUGUGGCAGUGGUGGCUGGCUUUGGGUAGUGGCUUGUUUCUAAUGAUCUGCAAUGGUCAGCUGAUAGCUUAUUUCACCUGCCAGAGUGACCAGAGCCACGCCUCCUUCAGCAUCUACUGACACACAGACAAGUAACUGAAUAAACUGUUUCAGAAACAGCCUUGUGAAGUGGAGUAGAAAGGAUCAGACCAGAUGCUCUCUUCUUUGAGACACCCAUUAGAUUCUCCGUGGUGAUGGGCUUUCUCUGUUUUCUGUCACUAAAAAAAGGUUUCACCAUCACACGUAAAGUCAGCGCUGGGUCUGAUUUGUGUUUAAGGGUUGUCAACAGAAUACCAUCCGAUUCUGUCAUGUAAAUACCACAAGGAGAUGUUCACUGUAUUUCUCUUGUGAUGCACAAUGCCUUAGUCACUAUGCAGGAUUUCAAGGCAGCCUGUGAAGUAUUCGCAGUACCUUUGUAAGCUGUGAAUGUAAUAGCUGAA